GGCAGCGCGUGGCCGGCGGGGGCGCUCAGGUGCGCGGCGCGGGAGAUCCGCCAUUUUGUGAGAAGAAGCGGCGGCCGCUGCUCGUUAGCGGUUCGUCCGCCUCCUUGUGCUCUUGUUAUCCCACCCCUCGCUCUUUCCCCACCCUCCCCGCUCCCUCCCCUCCCCGUUCCCCGCCUCCGCCGGCAUUGCGGAGCCGCAGACGUGACCCGAGCGGAGCCAGCCGCGGCCUUUCCCCGCUGCGUCAGCCUCUCGUCGCAGAAUCGCAUGUCAUCUAUCCAGAACCUCCAAUCCUUCGACCCCUUUGCUGAUGCUACAAAGGGCGACGACUUACUCCCGGCAGGGACUGAGGAUUACAUUCAUAUAAGGAUCCAACAGCGAAACGGAAGAAAGACUCUAACCACUGUCCAGGGAAUUGCAGAUGAUUAUGACAAGAAGAAACUUGUGAAAGCCUUCAAAAAGAAAUUUGCUUGUAAUGGUACUGUGAUUGAGCAUCCUGAAUACGGCGAAGUUAUCCAGCUUCAAGGUGACCAGAGGAAGAACAUUUGCCAAUUCCUGUUGGAGAUUGGCAUUGUCAAGGAAGAACAACUGAAGGUUCAUGGUUUCUAACCCACUCCUACUCCCAUGAAGAAUCCUGCAGUGUUUGGUCCUACCCGGCCUGGCUCUUCUGUGAAAAAUGUAUCUUUGCAAUGAAUGGACUUCCCUAUUACCUCACCAUUUUGCAUUGGUUUCAGAUUUGCAUGACUGUGUGAAACAUGUGGUGUGUAGGUUAGAAACACAUAAGAAAACUUCUGUAAGGUGGUAAUGAAGACACUUGUGAACUUCAGCACAUUUCCAAUGGAAAUGUUUUAGUGAUGAUUGUUCAGUUGUCUGUUCUUCACCUGACUUAAAUGUGUGGGUUGUAUUAAAAUAGUGUGUGUUGUUGCUUGAAACAAUAAAAGUUGAUUCAUGUAUUUUCUGGGAUAUCUGAAAUGCUUUAGCUUAAGGUUUAAACUAGUGCAGCAGCCUUACUACAGAGUGGCUGAAGUGUUUCGUGGCAAGUAUAGCUCGCUGCUUACUGAAAAACAAGUGGCAAAUCUACACAAAGUAUUAGGUGGUGAAUCAGUAGAUUAGCUUGAUGCGAUCUUAUGCUGUAGCUGUAAGACUAGAGCUUUGAGUCUUUUAUGUAGGUGUAUCUUAAUAGCAGCAUGAUAAGAUGUUCUUUGUUGAGUAACUGAAUCUUCUCUCCAGAAUUUACUGCAGUAUGUAGUAAUGGUGUUAAGCGUAGUAGGACUAACAUAAAUUGAUCUACUUAAAGCUGCUAUUACCGAGAGUAUAUUAAACAUUUAGGUCUUGAAUGUUUCUCCCCAGUCAGUUGAUUUUCAUCUCUUCUGUCAGAGUGAAGGGGAACAAUACUGAGUUGGAUUCUGCAGUGACUGAGCAUUUAACGUUGGCAGGCAGAGUACUUCUAUUAGCUGGUAGCAUUAGCUGCAGAAGCGAGGAAAGAAACAGGCUCUUCACUAAGGUUUUUUUUUCUUGGUAUGAAAGUUUUAAUAGGGAGGAUUUUGUUGUGGCAUUGGGGUGUUACUAGAGGAAGCUGAUUUAGGCUUUAUUCAGUGUUAUAAUGGAGGUUUUGGAGUUUUUUUCUACCAAGUUCCUCAUUUAGUUUUAGUUAACUGUAGGUAUUUAGUAUUUUGCGUGCAAGACAUGUCUUAACAGAAUGAAAUGACUUCAACUGGUGAACAUGGGGGGAAAAAAAUUGAUUACCAAACUUGACAGCAAGAAUGUGAGAAAUUUUCCUGUUUAUUACCACCUGUGUCUGCAUUCAUGUUCAGAGGCUUGUCCUUUCUAGACAUGCUCAGUUGUAACCCAUUAGAACAUUUGAUGAGUUCAGGUAAGAGCCUUUAUGCCACUAACAACAAUUAGGGGAGCACUGCAGAGCAAUCAUAUAAUGUUUUUGUACUCUGUGGUGUAGAUAAUUGUAAGAAUCCACUGUUCAGUCUCUUUGAAUUUCCAUGCAUUCUUCAUGGUGUUACAGGCCUUUCUGUUCCAGAAGGCUGGCCCAGAAGAGAGAAUUAAGGCGUAAUGUGCUUAGGAUGAGGAGGAAAAGCCUCCUGGAAACAUAGAAUAUCAACACAUGGAACUAAAAUCCAAAGAAUUAGGAGUAUUAUGCUAGUCUUGCACAUUAGUGAGAUAAAGUCAUUGUUCCACAAGUUACCAAGUCCUGAUUCACAGGUGAUUAAUCCUUUGGUGUGCAUAGCACUUAACAAUCUACAUUUUAUCAAAUACUGGAGAAAGACGUUCUAUUUCAAAGCUUGUUCUGUUGACAACAGGGGGGAAACAAAUGAACAAACAAAAAAAAACAGUAGUCUUCUGUUUCACUGAUGCUACAUGGGUACUUGUAGUGGGUUUUUGAAUUGGAGAUUAACAAAUGAUUAGCAAGUCUCAUGUGUUACUGAGUCAGUCUUCAUUGCAGAUGAUGUUCCAUUAACUUUCAUUACCUAAGCUGAGUCAUUUCUCUGUAGUCAUUCUACUCAAAAUAAAUGAGAAGCUUUAUUUUGUUCACUUCAUUUAAGAGUGCUUUCUGAAAAGAGGAGUCUUGAGUUGAUAGGUGGCUUGAUUUUUAUGCUGGAGCUGCCUGUGCUUUGACCUUUGAAGAACAAAAAACGAGAGGGAUUAAGUAAUACAUUUUAAGUUCAAAUUGAUGGGAUUUGUUGUUGCAGCAAGCAAAAAUUCAUCUUGCUAAAAAGAAUGCAGGAAUUUGUCCUUGAACUGUUUAAAGCUAAUGUCACGAUGAGAUUGUAGCUAACCCUGUUACAAGCACAAGCCUCUGCUUCUUCCAGAGAAAAAGCUUCCACAAUUUCAUAUUCUAUUGUCUUGCACCGAGAUAUCUGUCAAAACUCAGCCUACUUGAAAUACAGCCCUGUGUUUCAAGAAAGCUGAAGAACAUGAGACUAGAAAAAAGAGCUUGGGAAACAUACUUUCACAGUGAAGCCAGUUUUCAAACUCUGUCCCAAAAUAAAUUAGAAAUUAGGAUGUUGCCUGUAAUUAUUGAAGCAGGAAAAGGGAGCUAGUCAUAGAAAACCUUAGCAAAAGCAAAAACCUUAGAAAAGGAGUGCACAAACUGAACCAAUGAAUAGUAUGUGCACAAUGGCAUAUGAGUACGACAUAUCUAAAAACAAAGCAGAGUUCUGCAUUUAUCCCUUUUCUACCAGCCUGACUGUAAUCACUGUACUGGUGCCUUAUAGAUGCUUGGUGUAUUCACAAACCACCAGUAAGCAAGGAUGAGGCAGUGCCCCCUGCUGUAAUGUGAUGCCCUGGUUAAAGUUUGUGUAAGAUCUCAUCUCACACGCUGCCCUGUUACACACUGUACUGCUCUAAUCUUACAGAGCAGGACAGGUACUUUGAGUUCCAGUCAGCAGUUCUUAAUCCUCCUGGAAGGUUCCAGGGUACGGAGUUUUCAUGUGAUACCCUUGUUUAAUUUGGCUCAGCCUUAUCUCUUAUUAUGCCAGUUAUGUAUGAGACUAGUAUUUAUAAAGUGAAAGAAUGUGACAGGCCAUUUGAUCAUUAUUUGGACAAGUCGUAACCUAUAUUAAAGUAUUGCUAGAGAGCUGAGACAACAGUCUUUUGAAAUAAAAUGUACCGAUGCUGUUUUA